AUGUCGACAUCAUCCACUCAGUCCCGAGGCAUCAACCGACGGAUUAACAGUCUUCAGAAUGAAGUUCGUCAUUCCCGCAAUCUGUCCGCAUCGCGCAGGCGCCCGGUGAACUCUUCGGCCGCCUACAGUUAUGCUCUACGAGUCGCGUAUCUCACCUAUCUUUUGAAUCCUCGUUCUCGUCGCAUACAGAAUGUCUCUGCCGCUCCGCAGUCGCGCCCGAAACGGGCGUCAACCUCCUUCCAUGAUUUGAUGAGCGAUUUCUCGCUGGUUAGAGAUUCGAAGAGCACGAGGUUCCCAAAUGGCUUCGUGUCUGAGCUUGAGAAGAGGUUGACGGGUGUACUUAUGGGAAAGGAGAGAAGGAAGGAAUACCAAGAUCACCUGGUCGUGAGGACAUUCGCCGCGUUCCUCAACACUUUGAAAGAUCAGUCGUUCAAGAAGCGGAUGGAGAAGGAUCGCCGAGCGGAGGAUCUCGUCCUUAUUUUCUACUCAAAUGCGACAAAAGAGUUGAGUAAGGGGAAAGAUUCAGAUGACGACAGUUGGAAAUUUAUGGUGGACAGGCAUGUCGCCCUUUUUGUUCGGCUGUUUGCGCUGAUCCUGAAAGACCAUGACUGGGACAAGGAUCGGCCUGAACUCGCAAACAGGUUAUCUGUUCUUGAGAACAAACUUCUUUCCCAAGAUCAUGAUCUUAUGCAAGCGAGCGGACCGACGGCGACGGUUGAGACGACAACUUCUCUCAGCUACGAUGUUAGAGAUAUGCCCCUCGUGCAGCAUGUCGCGAAGAUAUUUGGCAUAAGUACCCACCAGGUCCAAACCGACAUUGACAAGAACAGAGGCGUAUGGACCGAAAAGGCAGCUCUUCAGGACUUGAAAACUUAUCAGGCUCACCUGAACCUUCAGACGCGGAAGACGCUAUCCAGGGAAGAUUUUGAUAACGAGGAAGCUUAUGAACACUGGAAGAAGAGUGAGGGCCCGGAUUUGUCGCAAAUGAUGCUGGCUAUCGUACAAUCAAAUCCAGAGCUCGCAAAAAGCACCCCAGGCGGUGCACUUCCGCAGUUCAAUGCGACUGCCGCUGAUCAGAGCAACGAUCCAAACGCUGGACCACUAUCUCGAACAAUGUCUGAUCGGCCAGUCUCCUAUGUGAUUGACCAACCUAUUGACCUGAGUUCUCUGUCGUUGUCUGACGACCCAAAUAAUAGUUCUGAGGAAUCCGAUACGUACACCUUCAUACCGUCGGAUCCAAGGUCAAUGUACAAAUUCAUUCUGGGCCUGACUCUGAGUCACGACCUAAAGGAUCGCGAGAUCGAAGCUACGGCUGCUACUUCGGAAACACCGUCAAUGAAACUGUUCUCCAAACAGUCCACAGAACUGCUGAAUGAAGUAUGCCUUCGCUGGCGAAUACCCAGCUUUUCUAGGGUUGUAUUGUUCCUGGACAUCAUAAGAACAAAGUUCGUGGACAACGAGAUUGAUCUUGACACUCUUGAUUCUGCCUUUACGUUUGUUAAGGAAACACCUCCGUCAGAGGGCAAGAAACGACAAAGUUUUAUGGCCUCUGUUAUAUUUGACAGGAGCAAAUGGACAAUCCAGGAUCUUCUGUCCAUGCAAGAGCUGCUAUCCUCCCUCCACGAAGCUUUACUCCGGGAACUGUACGAUGUAAUGAUGGAUUGUUUUGAAGCUAAGCCUCGUCCUAUUGGCCCGGUGAUGUACGUCUUGGAGAACCACAUACAGCUCGACCCGAACUACACCGAAGACUUGGAAGAUAUCGAUCGGUUCCGCUCCUAUGUGCAGGACGGUCUCGCGCAAAAGGCAACUGAGAAGUACCAAGAACUUUUAGGACAGAUUGUUCCAGUGCAGGCAGAAGCCUGGGAGACACACCACGUCAUCCAGCUCGGCGAUGCCAUCAUGAAACUGGCACAGAAGAUACGGAAGCGAUAUCGAAAUAAUCCGGAAAUUAUGGGAGUAAAUCCCUAUAACAUUCUACUUACAAAUAUCCUCCCUAUAUUUGCGGAAGACGCGCAUGAGAUGGUUGUCAGAAUUGUGGAACAAGCCAAAUCGAGAGGGGAAGAUGUUGAGCUGGAAGAUGGCUUUGACUUGUAUAAACAACUGACAGCGACGCGCCGGCUUUUCGUAGAGGCCUUACCUGAUGUCACUUUCCCUUUCCACGUGGAAAGUCUUCUGGAAGACUUUGUAUGGCGCUGGAUUCGCUUAACUGAUCAGAAAGUCAUGGACUGGGUUGAACAGGCGGUUAGACAAGAUUCCUUCACUGUCCGGGCUGGCGACUGGACAGAUGUUGUUCCUGAAGACUACCGACACAGCGUGUCGGUAAUCGACAUAUUCCGCUCUUUCAAUCAAGUGAUUGAACAGAUGAUUCAACUUGGGUGGGAUGAUGACUUGCAGUAUGCAAAAUUUAUGACUGCCCUUUCUAAGUCUAUCGGGAAGGGUGUGGCACUAUACUGCGAAUCGUUGGAACAAAUGUUUUCCAGAGAAAUGGAUCGGCUGUCUCCUGAUCAAGAGGCAGCCAUGAAUCAGACUACUCAGGAAAAGAUAAUGCAAAUGGCGAAGGAAGCAUGGACAAGCAAGGAAAAAAUUGAGCCUUUCCAAUUUUUCCCGGAGUCUCUCGUCAAACUGAAUAAUAUCGAAUAUGCCCUCUCGCAACUCGACGGGCUUGAGCGUGAGAUCAAUGUCGACGGAUGUGCGGAGGUGAUUGCACAGCAUGCGGGCCCUCAGCUACAGAAAAUCCGCAGAUCAACAACCUACGUUUUCACGAUAAAGGUCGUGGAAGCCGAAGAUCUGAAAGCCUGUGACAUGAAUGGCAGCAGUGAUCCUUACGUUGUUCUCACAGAUGAGUAUCAGAAGCGAAUUGCGAAGACUCGAAUCAUCUACAACAACCUGAACCCACGAUGGGAUGAUGCUGUGGACAUAACAACACAAGGACCGCUAAAUAUCAUUGCGACCAUCUGGGACUGGGAUGCAGUUGGUGAUCACGACUAUGUUGGUCGCACUUCGAUCAAACUCGAUCCUGUGCAUUUCAGUGAUUUUCUUCCGAGGGAGUACUGGCUUGAUCUAGACACCCAGGGCAGGUUGUUACUUCGUGUCAGCAUGGAAGGGGAGCGCGAUGACAUCCAGUUCUAUUUCGGCAAAGCGUUUCGGACAUUAAAACGUACCGAAAGAGAUAUGACUCGCAAAAUCACCGAAAAGCUUUCUGCGUACAUCAGUCAUUGCUUGUCUCGACGGACUCUCAAAUCCCUGUUGUCUAGAGGUCUCAGCAUCUCUAGUGUGUCUAACUUCCUGAGCCGGAAUCGUCCGCAAAACGCUACAACAUCUCCAUCCGCUAUAGAAGUGGAGAAUGCACUCAAACCGCUUUUUGACUAUUUUAACGAUAACUUUGCAAUCAUGAACAAAUCUCUUACGUCUGAAGCAAUGAAGAUGGUCAUGGCGCGCCUGUGGAAAGAGGUUCUUGCCACCAUCGAAGGCUUGCUGGUUCCUCCAUUGUCGGAUAAACCUUCUCAUCAAAAGCCUCUUACGAUGCAAGAAGUUGACAUUGUGUCGCGUUGGCUUGUACUUCUUUUGAAUUUCUUCCAUGCUGUUGAUGAGGAAACUGGUGAAGCCCACGGCGUCUCACUUGAUAUACUGAAAUCACCGAAGUACCAUGAGAUCCAGACCCUGAACUUUUUCUAUUUUGAACCCACGGAGAGCUUGAUCCGUACUUCUGAGCGCAUGGCAUCAGCGACGAUAUCACGGCAGCAAGUGAAUAAGAACCGAUUGUCAGCACCGCCAAAUAUCGGAUCUGGGGGAACUGGCAGUAUACUUGGGGUGCCCAAUACCCGGCGAGUCAAGAGCAUCAUGCUGUCGCGGAAUCUCGGGACAAUGAAAAAGAUGAAAGAGGAGAGAAGGCGUGAGGCCCAGGCAGAACCAAAUGAUGAUAUGAUUUUACGGAUUCUCCGUAUGAGACCAGAAGCCGCUGGAUAUCUACGUGAUCGAAGCCGUCAAAAGGAAAGGCUCGCAGCAGCUGCUGCUGCGGAUGCUAUCGUGAAGCAAAGUCUUAUGGCAGGUAUGGGUGGAAGAAUGACGGGCACUCUUGGACGGAGAUAA